AUGGACCAGGAGGAUACUGUGCCCAGACACAUUAAAGAAGAGCGAGAAGAACUGUGGGACAAUCAGGAGGGGGAGCUGCUUGAAGGACUGGAGGAGGAUGAUAUCAGCAGUUUCCCUUUAAAUAUUGUUUAUGUGAAGACUGAGGAUGAUGAAGAGGAAUAUCAGUCCAUGCAUCUUGAUCAAAGCAAAAGUAAGCUGAUGGAAACGGGCACUAAUGGAGAGGACUGUGGAGAAGGAGAACCAUUCAAGAUCUCACAUCUUGAGAAAGAUUCACAAACUGAGUCUAAGGUCAAGACUGAAAAUGGUUCUGAACUUGAGACUGAAGACAGCAGUUAUUGGAGAGAGUUUGCAGAAAAUCAGUCAGGCUUCAACUCUGUGGAAAUCAUGCAAAAGGAAAUACCAAAUAGUGACAAGAAAUCACAUAGCUGUGCUGAAUGUGGUAAAAUAUUCACAGAGAAACGAAAUCUGACCAGACACUUGAAGAUCCACACCGGUGAGAAACCUUUCAGCUGCUCCGAGUGUGGUAAAAAAUUUAACCAAAAAGUGGAACUGAGCUCGCACAUGCUGGUUCACACAGAAGAAAAACCCUUCAGCUGCUCUGAGUGUGGUAAAAGAUUUAAGCACAGAGGAAGUCUGAGCACACACAUGCUCAUUCAUACAGGAGAGAAACCCUUCAGCUGCUCUGGAUGCAGUAAAAAAUUUCAUCACAUAGGGGAUCUGAGUUCACACAUGAGACGUCAUAGUGGAGACAAACCCUUCAGCUGUUCUGUCUGUGGUAAAAGAUUUAAACACAAAGGUAGUGUAACCAUACACGAGUUAGUUCACACAGGUGAGAAACCUUUCCACUGUGCUCUUUGUAGUAAAAGAUUUUACCGUAUAGCAUUUCUGAGAUCACACAUGUUGGUUCACACUGGAGAGAGGCCCUUUGGUUGCACUGAGUGUGGCAAAGAAUUUAAUCGCAAAGACACUCUGACCAGACACAUGUUAGUUCACACAGGAGAGAAACCGUUCAAUUGUAGAGUUUGUGGCCAAAGAUUCUCCUGGUCAUAUCAGUUAAAGAAACAUAAGUGUGUUAGCAAUCAGGCUUCGGUGCAUCAUCAAAACCAAAAUGAGGACACUCGAGAGGCAGAAACAGGAGCUGAAGGGGAGGACUGCGGAGAAGCUGAACCAGCUGGGAACUCAGAUCCAGAAAAAUAUUUACAGCCAGUGAUUGAGGUCAAGAUUGAAGACUCUUCUGAACCUGGGUCUGAAAACAGUGAUGAGGAUGAUGAUGAUGAUGAUGAUGAGAAAGAGACAAUCGAACAUGAGUCAGAUGUAAACUGA